UGACUCAAGAUCUAAAUGGUAGUCUAAGGGCUAUAAAAGCUUGGUGGAGCCAAGAGAAAGCAGCCAGAAGUCCAGGAUUGGCACACAGUCAGAGGCCAGCAGGAGACAGAGGCUAAAACGCCCAGAACAGGGGAGAUUGUGUCCGGGAUGCCGCACCUGUUCUUGUGCCACCUUCUAGGAGUUUGGCUGCUACUGAGCCAACUUCCCAGAGAGGUCCAAGGCGAAGACAUGAUUAAGAUGUGCGGCGGAGAAUUAGCUCGUCUCUGGAUCAAACUCUGCGGCUCUUCCAAAGUGGGGAGAAUGGAUCCGAGCCUGAAGCGGAAUGCGCGGGCAUCUGUACCGCUUGCAGAAAUCAUGCCGUCCUCCAUCACCGAAGAUGCAAAAACCUUAAACAUGUUGGAAUUCAUUCCGCAGCUGAACACAGCACUUUCUGAGAGGCUGGCACCAUUGAAAGAGCUACAACAAGCUGCAUUAAAGAAUUCAAAUCUUAACUCUGAAGAAUUUAAGGAAAUUAUCAUUAAUCGACAAAGCGAAACAGAAGACAAAAGUCUUUCAGAAUUAAAAAAGAUAGCCUCAGCUAAACAUUUCACUACAAAAAGAAACAAGGCUGGCAUAGCUAAUAAGUGUUGUAAUUUUGGUUGCACCAGAAAAGAGCUAACUAGGUACUGCUAAGAUAAAGUUAAUUGUGUAUUUCACCUAAUAAUCGUUUGUAUUCUCACAGGCAUUCACAUUCAUCGAUGCCUCCCUCACCCCCACUGAUUAUUAGAAUAUGAAUAAUUAUUAGUAACGUUUGGGUUUUUAAUUUUGUGUGUAAGAAAACAUUCCUUGCAUUAUUGUAGUUUCUGCUAAUAAAUACU